AAGCCUACGCAUAGGCCCGGGACUAAAACUAUCUCUUGAGUCUUUGAUCAGGCCGGGUGACGGACGUUCGUGGCGCAAGUGGUGGCUGCCUUUCGCGCAAAGACCCAUUGGAUCGGGUAUUCUCCAUCUUUGGGCCGAAGAAACUGGGUCGUGAUUGGCCCUCGGUGAGAAAGGUUGAUGGGAAUAUUAACUCCUGACAGACGCGGGCAUUUUAACGAACAGUUGGCGAACGGAUGAAGUGAAGAGAGGGGAGUAAUAAAUCGCUCCGAUCCCUUCCUUACGUUGUAAGGAGCAAGCGAAGCUUCAUCAUCAAUAUCAUCUGCAGAAGUCUUGCGGGUAGUCGAAAGGGCUCGUUAGACGCGAAGACUGUGGAGAGACAUGAACGCUCUCACCUGGCACAAAGUCGCUGCCGUCUCUGGAGUGGCAGCUCUUGCAUUGGGGACAUAUGGUGCCCAUGGCUUCAGACCCCAGAAUCCCUCUUACAAGGAGGUAUGGCAGACCGCCUCUUUGUACCAUCUGGUUCACACAGCUGCACUUGUCACCGCCCCUUUCACCAAACAUCCCCAUCUCUUCGGAGGGCUCUUGACUUCUGGAAUUCUUUUGUUCUCCGGGUCGUGCUACACAGCUGCACUGUAUGAGGACAGAAAAUACUCCAUGUUGGCACCAGUUGGAGGUUUCGCGUUCAUUGCUGCUUGGGCGAGCUUGCUAUUUUAAGGAUCUGAAGGAAACAGGAGCCCAAGAUCCGUAAAAACUAUGUACCGUGAUCGAGAUCUCGAAAAGUCGGAUGUGCCCUGUUUCAGGUUUAACUUUGCUAUAGUGUGAGAGGGUUAUUAUGGUCAUUAAGUGUUAUUUAACUAAUAAUAAAAGUGUGAAGAGUGGCAAACCCUAAUAAGUUUUGUACGCUCUCCUCUUUUGUUCUAUAUGCUGUCCACUUUUGUUUUAUAUCAAUUUCUAUAGAAUAUAAGAAAAAGAAAUCUAGUCGUUGCGAGUUUUGAUUUGA